GAGGUAUAUGAUAGAUUGUGUACAGAACACUGUGUUUUGAAGUUGGAAAUAUAUAUUUUUUGAGACAUUUUACUUAAAUCUUACGUUUUAUUAUUUGCCACCCACGGCCUUCCAUCGCCCAUUUACAAUGGUACCAGGAGUGGGGUAGGCACAAAUAUCAGCGAGUGGGGUGAGCACGAGCAACAGUGGGGUAAGGCAGAUAUAUUAUUAGGCAAUCAAGGAUAUUCAAUUAGUAAACAAGAAGCUGUCAAAAUGGAGAAAACGAUUUCUGAAACUUUAGAAACAAUGACUAACCUUAUGUCAUCUUUCCUCGAACACUUGGAUAAAAUGCGAAGUGAUUUGGAAAACAUCAAUGGAUAUUUAUUUCGUGACACGCAAUACUCUUCAAUUCAAACUUGUUGGUUUUGCAAAAUUCCUGGACAUCAUAAAGCAACAUGUAAGAGAUACAAGAUGGCACGUCACUAUUGUUCAUUAUGCGCCACAUAUGGACACCGUAACAAGGAUCAUUGUGAGCCAACUUCGAAUACUAAUUGCAUCAAAAUUCCGAACAACAUGCACCCUGACCUUAAAACGGCAUCCGUGCAAACCAAGAAAAUAAAGGAAACUGACAAACCGAACCACAGCAAGUAUUCGCAGACACAGACGUUUGACAUGGAUAAAUAUAUAACUGCUGUCAAAAACUACAAGAAAAUAGAAAGCGAACUUUAUGGACAAAAACAUGGUAAUGACAUUUAUCGUGAGAAAAUUCGCACAAUGGAGACGGAUACAGCUAAUCUUAAAUUACAAUUGAAGUCACAAAAGAAACGUAUUUUAUCUUUAGAAGAGGAACUCACUGCAUAUGCAACAAAUGAUCAAAAAGCUGAUUUAAAUCCAGAUCAUCUAAUAUCUCAACUACAGGAAUCGCAGAAACUUAUUACAUCUCUUCAAUCUCGGAACAACGAAUACUCGACAAUGAUACGUGAUAUGAAUGCUAAACUCGACAAUCAACUUCAGAGAAAUAUACUGGUUGGAAAAUGUGAUUAUGCAACAAAUUCAACGGAUUCAAAUUUGGACCUAUGGAAACUUGGACUGCAUAUGUUUGGAAUGCCUCACUACAUAGGUACCCGUAUAGAUAUCUCGAGUGUUAUUGACUUUUCGGCUUAUCUCUACUAAUCCACUCGAGUUAAGCCUUUAAGUCAACAAACCGACCCUUCGCUAACCCUAAGGCCCGAUAAGAGGCUUCCUAGCCCCCGAAAAUCGACCCUAUUUCCCUCCCCCACCACGCCCCUACCCAGGGUAUAGUUAGGGGUGAAGUCUUCUAGGCCUAACCUAACCCCCCUAAACACUUUGGCGCGGGUCCCAUCUCUCUA